UUCACUCUAUUAUCUGUGGCAAAAACGAUGUCCUCUGUAUCAACCAUGACAUCCUCUGAACCCCCGGGGAGCCCGGAGCAGAGGCUCCAGAAGCUAUUGGCGGUACCCGGAGCCGAGCCGAGCCGAGUGAACGAUCUGCUCCUGCUCCGGCCCGAAGCUGCCACUGAGCCGGGGGAGGGGAGAGGCAACAGCCAUGUGGUGUUUUUUCACGGGGAUAUCCAAAACUUCCAGGAGGAGAUGUCCCUGCAGCCUGACGGGGCCCCGUGGCUCUCCUGGAGUCUGGAGCAGGUGGCCCUCACUCUGGGCCGCCGCUUCCCCGACCGACACGUCUGGGUGGUGCGGGCCUCACGCAUGCACCUCCACAAGUUCAGCUGCUAUGUGAACUUCGUGGACAGCAACAUGUUCGGGGCCCCCGAGCACGGGCCCUACUCUGCUGACUGUGGAUCCUUCCGUCACCUCAGGGCCCUGCUGAGUCACGGCAUGCAGCGAGCCAACCUGCCAGACCCGCUGCAGCCACAGGGGGGGGCUGACGGCGUCCCCUCAGGGUUCUCCCUCACACUGGUGGGAUUCAGCAAAGGAUGCGUGGUGCUCAACCAGGUUGCGUACGAGCUGGCGGGGGCCCGUGCUGACCCCGAUAUGUCCCACUUUGUGAAGAGCGUCUCUGACAUGUACUGGCUGGACGGGGGGCACCCGGGGGGCAGUGAGACCUGGGUGACCAACAAGCGGGUGCUGAAGGAGCUGGCUUCCAGCAGGGUGUCCCUUCACGCCCACGUCACCCCCUACGAGGUGUGUGACCCCAUGCGGGCCUGGGUGGGCCGCGAGCACGCGCUCUUCAUCAAAACCCUGGAAGAGUUUGGGGCCUGUCCCAGCAAGAAGCUGCACUUUGAGGGCGAGCCCCCCUCCAUCCAGAGCCACUUCAGGGUCAUCCAGGAGUUCUGAGUUUGCUUUAGCUUGUGAGAGUCGUAUUAGCUGCUCCUGGCAGCUGCUGCUGUUUGUCCUUUCUUCUGUUGAACCCCCCAACCAAGAAUGCACAUCUGAUUUGGAGUAGAGUUUGGUUCCAACAUGAAUGAUUGUUGUUGUUUAUGAGGAAUUUUAUCUUCUCAGGUGUACAGGAAGUGUCAUUUUGAGACUUUUAUUGUAGGGAUUCUUGACUUCCGUUUAAAUGCUGGGCCUUACUUGGUCAACUAGUUUGAGAAAGUUAUGUUGUCUGUCCUGUAGUUUGAUGCAUACGAUGUAUUGUUCACCAAUAAUCCUAUAAUAAUAAUAAUAAUAAUAAUAAUAAUGGAUUACAUUUUUUAUUAGAGCGCUUUUACAGGUGC